AUGGGUCAACUUGUUGCCGAUAUAGACCGUAUAUUCCAACAUCAAACCACUGUCUUUAAGUUAAAUCUCUCCUUUGGUUUCGUAUUGUUUAAUAACGAGACACAACAAAUGCAAUACCACCACCCCUCAGCAAAUAACAACCGUGUUUUCGACUCCCCAUUCCAAAUCCAUAAUCGUGAGGAUUUGGUCCAAGUGCGUAGAGCGUUGGAAAACAUCGACAUUCAUGAAUGGGCUCGACAACAGCAUCCCAACUCCAAAUGGAUUGUCAUGGAUUUCACCAACGUUACCUUCUACGUCACCAAACUUCGAGACCAUCCCAUAGGUCACAGUGUCCGACUACCCAAAUACAUACUGGAGAGUCGUGCCAUCGUGUCGUUGGAUUGUGAUGAUAAUACCAGUUUACCAUACGAAGACAAACUUUGUUUCUUUCGUUGUUUGGCUAUGCACAAAGGUUGCCACCCCAAAAAUUUAGAACGUGAUACUCAACAUUUUUAUGAACAAUAUUCGGAAGAUGAUGAAUUUGAUGGUGUUACCCUAGAGGAACUACCUGAACUGGAAAAGUUGUUCGAGUUGAAUAUUUACGUGUAUCGCCUUACAGAGUUACAUGACGAAGAUGACGACACGACCUCCAUUGUGGCUCAACUGAUACAGAGAUCCCACCGUAGAUAUGCCAAUUCGAUGUAUCUGAACCUCUACUGCAGCCAUUUCAGCUACAUUAAGAAUUUGGCUAUGUAUUCCAAGUCCUACUGUUGUUGCAAAUGUGACAAGAUGUGGAAGACGGCAAAGGCCUUGAACGAACACGAGCGAACAUGCGAAGCAACUAUACGUCACAUCUUCCCUGGUGGUGCCUACAGAGUUCCACAAACCAUAUUCGAUUUGUUGGCCGCCGAGGAAAUCGAGAUCCCUGAAGAUCUAAGGUACUUCCCUUAUCGUGCCACCUUUGACUUUGAGUGUUAUUUCAAACGUGAAACCGAACAUCCACGAAAUACAGCAAAGUUAACGUGGGAAGCCGAACAUAUCCCCUUCAGUGUCUCUGUUUGUUCAAACGUCCCUGGUUAUGAUCAACCCAAAUGCUUCGUCUCGUCUGGCAGUACAAGUGAAAUGAUCCAACAGUUCGUGGAAUAUUUGGUUGAGGUCAGCCAAGAAAGCUAUGGAUUGUUGCUGGACCAAUUCUCUGACGUUUUUCGUCAAAUUGAUGAACGGGUCAAUGAGGUAUAUUUCACACGUAUUAGAUUUUUAGUGUAUUUCUUAUCCUUAAUAGUUUUUCUUAUAUCUUUAGGUGGGGGAAAACGAGGUUAUGGAAGUUGCCGCGGGGGAGGAUAAUGAGGUAAAUUAUAGGAAGGUUAUUUUUGCACUUAUAUUCUUUAUAUUCUAAUAUAUCUUAUGUUUUAGCAAAAUACAGAGGAACAGAUGAUAGAGGAUAUGGUGGGAUGUUUGAUGGGGUUGAAUAGUGAGGUAAAUAACAUAAGGUUUGAGCUCAACAGUGGUCUUUCCUGUGCUUACCAUAUAUGCACCUUUUUAGGCGAGUGAAGAUGUGUGUGGGGUAGAUAAAGACGAAGUGGAUAAAGAUAAAGACGUUGAAGAGAAAGUGAGUAUCACACUCAUGAUCCAUUUUAGCGGUUAUAUAGAUUAGUAGGGAUGUGUAAAUAUCUUGCUUUUUACUUAUGACACCUUUUCAUUUAUUUAGGAUGUGGUCCAUCCUCUGCUCAAACUCCAAGAUAAGUUGUCAGAAUACUUACAAGAGUUACCAAUUCUUGGAUUCAACUCUGGUAAAUAUGAUAUUAACGCUGCGAAAAACCCUUUCUUUUCACAUCUUGUCAAACACGAACAAGUUAAGUUUGUGAUAAAAAGGAACAAUAACCACAUGUGUCUUAAGACUCAACACUUAAAAUUCCUCGAUAUCACAAACUAUCUGGCUCCGGGAUUUUGUUACGAACAGUUUCUCAAAGCGUACGAGUGCUCCCAGACCAAAGGCUACUUCCCGUACGA